GGAGAACUGCGGGCUGUGUUCCCUCACGGAGCCGGGCCCGGCCCGCGCUCCCUCAAGCUGCCGUCGGGCCCGGAGCGGGGAGCGGGGUCACCCCCGGCUGCCGGGCACCCCUGGGCAGCCCCGACACGACUCUGCAGUUUGCUCUUGCUGAAAACGUAGGAGGAGAGGCCAGUCUUUGAGGGAGAGAAGAUUUCCUGGAAAGUUCUGCAGAGUCCUGGCCAUCUGUGUCCAUCACUGUCACCGUCUCUCAGCCACUCCCAUGACUGAUGCUGGUCCUUCAAGAAAAGGAGAUCUCCCCUCAGAGCCCCAAAGGAAUUAAUGUGCCUUUCCACUCAAUCAAGUGGGAUUUUCYGGGUGAUUUCAGUGAUGCUGGGAGAUGACAACAAUCAUUGGAUGACAUCUAAGGAUGCUCCAGGUGAAGCUAAUAGUAACUGGAGAUGACUUUGGCUAUUGUCCUCGGAGAAACCAAGGCAUCGUGGACUGUUUCCUGGCUGGUGCGAUAUCUAACGUGUCCCUUCUAGUCAACGGAAGUGCUGCUGCAGAUGCAGCCAAGCUGGCAAGGAGAUACAACAUCCCRAUAGGCCUGCAUGCCAACCUCUCCGAGGGCUCCCCUGUAUGUGAGGUGCUCAAGACAAACUCAUCUCUGCUCAAUGAAGAUGGAUUCUUCCAYGGAAAAAUGGGAUUCAGAACAGCUCURUCAAAAGGUCUCCUGAAUAUGUCAGAGGUGAAGCAGGAGCUAAAGGCCCAGGUGGAGCUGUUCCAUGAGCUGACAGGUCACCUACCUCCUCACAUGGAUGGGCACCAGCAUGUCCAUGUUCUCCCAGAGGUCAGGCAUGUAUUUGCAGAGGUGYUGGAGGAAUAUGGGAUUAAGUACACACGUGUCCCAAUAGAGCCAGGCCUUCAUAACUGUGACUGGAUUCCACCAUCCCUGAUGGACUUUUACCUGGGAGUAGAAGAAGAUUCUUUUAACACAGUGGAUGUGUUUACAAAACAUGGAAUAAGGUGGCCAGACAUUUACAUAGGCCUGAGCACCAUGGGCAGGAACAUGUCUGUCAGCAGCAUCUGCAGCGCCAUCGACAGCGCCAUCCUGGAGCUCACGGCCAAGGCACCGCAGAGCAGGACAGUGACAAUCGAACUGAUGGUGCACCCAGGCUACCCCAGUGUCCCCCCUGUUGGCGGCUGUGGGGAAGGACCGGAUGACUUCUCACAGUCCUGGGAGCGCCUCCAUGAACUCCAGACAUUAACUAAACCGGAACUGCAGAGCCAUUACAAAAACAGGAACAUUCAGCUGUGUUCAUUCAAAGAUCUUUAAAUAAAUGAGCAUCCAUCUCUCCCUCCAUCCAUCCAUCCAUCCAUCCAUCCAUCCAUCCAUCCAUCCAUCCAUCCAUCCAUCCAUCCAUCCAUCCAUCCAUCCAUCCAUCCAUCCAUCCAUCCCUCCAUCCAUCCAUCAUCUCUCUGUUAUCAGUGUCACAGGCCCUCUACAGCUCACAGGAGCUGUCAACAGCCUGGGAAUGGACCCCACCCCGCUGUGAGCAGCUCCAGGUAGGGCGCCAGAGCCUCAGCUGCCCGUGUGAAGGCCACAUCUGCUCUGAAUGUGCCAAACCCAUUCUGUGACACCCCCUCCACAAGACCCCGGUGCAGCACACGCUCCUGGGGCUCAGCUCCACAGACACACUUGGCUGUGAGGGACACUUUGCAGCACGGCASCCUCAGGGGCCUGAUCAUCUUUCUUUUCAGACUUAAUGACAAAACAAGAAAUGUGCUGGGGAGUGGGUGCUGCUAUGGAGUAUCCACUCAGUGUAGGUGACCCAUGGCAUUUGGUUUUCUGGAAGCACCCAGUCCCUGCYCCUCCACUCGUAGCUGCUCACUGAUGGUGAGGGAUGCUGGGACACGUCACCCUCAGAGCCUUCCUCUGGUUGGAGUGGUCGGGUCACACGCAGCCCCGUGGGGUCUGCAGCYGCCUCAGCUGGCAGGAAUUGUGUCUCUGCCUGUUUAUGUUGCCUCUUGGCAUUAAGCACCCCCGGGAAAGUAACAUCAGCUGCAGCCCUUUUGGAGAGGCUUCUUAUUUUUUGGAUGACUUUGCAGGAGCAGCAACUGUUGACCCAUCUGCUAUUUCAGUAACUGCUGCAUAUGAGAGCAGCAGCAACUGCUCCUGAACCACCCACUGCCCCUCAGGACAACCAUGUGCUGUGCAGAGUGGAGAAGGUCCCUGUAUUUGUCCCUUUUGUCCCURUCACCAAAGCAUUCAAACUCCAACAAGCCCCAGUAAUGCUGAUACAUUCUUAACUGCAGCUCUGUCAUUCCUUUCCCAUGGGAACUUUCACAUGGGAAAAAAUUAUUUUAGAUUGUUUAUGCUCAUUUUCUGCACAAGAAUGAUCUAUUUAAUGUAAUCAGUUUUGUCAACCAUGUUUUUUAAUAUUAAAAAUGUCAGAUCAUCAUUCUUUUAAAUGAAAAAAUAAACUCAGGCCUUUUCUAUUGCAAAGCUUCAGGAGGCUUUUGGGUUUGGUCACAGGUGGUGAGUGAACUCAACCCAUUCACCUGUCUGCUCCUAUAGCCCUGGAAAGGCAUCCCUUUCUAUCAUUAAUGGGAACCGUCUGACCUUUCCUAUAACGUCUGAAGAAGUUUUUGCCCUGUACAAAUAGGAAAAACAUMAAGGAUGCUGCAGAAAGUAUUUUUUCCGAUUUUUUUCUAAACUSUAGAAAAUGCCUUAAACGCUUGAGCCGGGCCGGGUCGGAGCAGGGCAGGUGUCACCCGCUCCUGCCGGGGGCACCGGGACAGAGCCGCGCCCGGAGCGCUCGCACCCAGCAGCGCCACCCGCUGCCCGCCGGGCCUCACUGCACCCUCCCUCGGUUACGGGACUGUCACCACAUCCUUAUGGAUACUAUUAAACUUUAUUAUAAACGCUUAAACUGCUCCAUGUUCUAACCGCUGAACUGGCUCUGAUCGCACCCAUGAGGACAUUACAYACCUGCGGAAUUUUGGAUGCAUGUCCUGCUAGCUGAGCACUGAAGACCUGAGGGCAGCCUUACACGAGCACUGUAUUGUGAACAGAAAAUGGAUUUUAAAAUUCUGUAUUUUAAAUGAAGAGCAUUAAAYCCCAAAUUUCCAUUUAAUUUAGAGAAAUGAAUGAAGAACUACUAAAAGACUACUAAAUAGGGAGCCUUUCAAUUAUGUAAAUUAUAGGGAGAAUAAGGAAAUUUCUCAGCGGUUCUGUGAAAGCUUUAAGGACAACCCAAGUUCAAAUUAAACACUACAACAAUCCCRGUUAACCCCCAGACCUCUGUGAAAAUAAAACCAUGCCACAAAGCCUUUGAGAGCAAUUUUUAUUAGGGUAGCAGAAUGGACUUGCAGAAAGCCUAUACCAGUACUCCUGGGUGUAGUUUCACCAGUGCGCUGCUUUUAUUGUGGAUGUUCAACUGCACAUUUAGAAUUCAGCAUGGCUUAGGGAACCAGAGAGAACAAGAGCUUGAUUUCCUGAGUUAUCAUAGGACUUCGCACUUGGAUUUCUUCUCCUCAGCCUUCAGCCACACAGGUGCUGGAUCCCUUUGUUCAGAGGCUGCCCCGGACGCGUGCCAGCACUUUGUUUACACAUUUUGCAGUUUAGCAGUUGGACUAUGAAGAACACACCAAGAGAACUGAUAGCAAGAUCUGUCUUCUGUGUGACGAGCUGGAAUGGGAACGGCCGGUGCGGYGCUGCCGGAGCUCCUGGAAUCACACGGCCCCUCCGUCCCUUCCCACGGCAUCUGGGUCACAGCGAGGCAGACAGACGCAGUCUUUGACCUGAGAGGCUUUACAACCACAGAGUAACUAUUGAGUAGCAACGAGGGCAGCAAACUAGUGCUACAGUUUUGUUUCAAAUAAAAUUUAGAGAAUGGUAGRUUUCCAUGCCAACAGACAUGAUCAAAAGGUACACUGACUCAGGUGAUGCAGAAGUUACACACUUCGGUUUGACAGAUAAUUUGGCAUUAUUUUAUUAUGUAUCCGAGUGAGCGUGAACGAAACAAAAUCAGUACCAACUUUCUGCAAAUGAAGACACGAAGAUGUGAAAAUUUGGUAAUAGUGCUCUCACAAGCCUGAAAACACUUAGGAAAUGCAAGUUUCCGUAAAUAAGGUGAAUGUGGUUUAACUUUAUUUACCUGCCAAAGAAUCUGUCUAAGAACACUUAAACAUAAAAUUUCUUAGCUCCCUAACUUAUAAAAAAAUUUAC